UCUCGCUCAGAUCCUCCUCCCACGUUCCUCUCCACCACCUUUGCGUGUUUCCUACAAAAAAAAAAUCCACGUCACCUCCAUCGUCGCCGGUUUUUCUCUUCGCAAACAAAAAGCGGUGGAGAUCUUAUAAUUCAAUUGGCGCAAUUCGUACAGCUGGAAACGAACUUACGCGCCGUGUUUCGAGCGGUUCUCAAGCUGAUAAAGUGUACAAGUCUUUUCACUCGUAGAAGAUAACUUUGUCUGCUAAAAGUUUCAUCGGAACUUGAAGAUAUGAGUGCUGCGGAACUUGAAGCGGGUGUGUCCCGUGAACCUGAUGAAUCAGAGCUGAAUAUUUUCAGUGAUAAUGGUAGUCAAAGCGUUGUCUCUCAGCUUCUUGAUCAUAUCAACAGCCAUGAGAAGAGUUCCCAACGUAGAGGAGGCUUUAGUGAAAGGUUUCUCAGAUGGAGACGGAGGUAUGUUCCGGUUGGUGGAGAUAACAGACGUGAUCAUGGCUCUCUGAAACAUUCAGGACCCCUUGUUUCUGGAGCAGCUUACUGCAUCUCUUCAUGCAGCAUGAUACUCAUGAACAAAGUUGUUCUCUCCACCUAUAAUUUCAACGCAGGAAUCUCUUUGAUGCUAUAUCAAAACUUAAUCAGCUGCUUGGUGGUAGCUCUGCUAAAAUUCUCUGGAGUGGUUUCAGUUGAAAAAUUAAACUGGAAGUUGAUCAGAGUUUGGUUGCCUGUCAAUGUUAUCUUUGUUGGCAUGCUGAUCUCUGGGAUGUACAGUCUGAAAUACAUAAACGUUGCUAUGGUAACUAUUCUGAAGAACGCAACGAAUAUUAUUACAGCCAUAGGGGAAUUAUACAUGUUCCGCAAAAGGCAGAACAACAAAGUUUGGGCUGCAAUGUUCAUGAUGAUCAUCUCAGCAAUCAGUGGAGGCAUCACGGAUCUCACGUUCAAUGCGGUCGGAUACACUUGGCAGACUGCCAACUGCGUUCUAACCGCUAGUUAUUCACUUACUCUGCGUCGAGUCAUGGACAAAGCAAAACAGUCCACAAAAUCAGGGUCCCUCAAUGAGGUGUCAAUGGUGCUGCUUAAUAAUCUCUUGUCACUACCUUUUGGAAUCUUCUUGAUCGUCUUACUUGGUGAAUGGAGAUACGUAAUUAGCACUGAUGUGACAAAAGAUGCAAUGUUUUGGGUAUUCGCAACAGCAAGCGGCUUCCUUGGUCUGGCCAUCAGCUUCACCUCUAUGUGGUUCUUGCAUCAGACAGGACCCACAACAUACAGUCUGGUGGGUUCAUUAAACAAGGUUCCGAUAUCAUUAUCUGGUCUUGUACUCUUCAAUGUCCCUCUCAGUCUCCCAAAUUUGUUCAGCAUACUUUUUGGUUUAUUUGCUGGAGUGGUCUUUGCCAGAGCCAAAAUGUCCUAGUCACUCCAAGCCUGAGUAUAUAACUCUUCAGAGGCUGAAGACAACACAAAAACAAAACAAGGAAAACAUAGAAGAACAACUUGAGAGGUUUCUCGAUCUGCAGUUAAUAGUUUCAACUUUGAAAACAAUUUUUUAUUCCAUAUACAAGGUAGAACUUAGUGUUUACCAUUAAUAUAUAGAUAGUAAUUCUAUAUUCCCAAGAGAAUCACACAUUUCACAAUUUUCUAAACGUAAUAAAACCUUGCUAUGUUUUGACUUCAUUUAACGUAU